AACUCAACACGUUAUUUCGUGUCACUUGGCAGACCGGGGAACAAAACAGCAAAUUGUUUUGUUAGUCAUCAAUGAUCCAAAGCGGCAAAGUGAGAAAAACAAUUAAAGCCUGUGCUUGUUCGCCUUAAUUGGUCACUUCGAGAUCUGCCUCAAAGACGCACAAAGUCCAGCAGAUCCACCCCAGACCCAAUUAACGGAAGGUUUCGUUUGGAGAGAAAUACUACUGAUCGCUGACGUUUAAUCGAGUCGAGGAGACAUUGAAGGUCCGUGCGUAUUUUUUUUUUCUUUCAGCCAGACUUGACAGGCGUUUGACAGCUGCUGCGUGGAGUCAGACUGAGCGGCGUUUUAUUUUCACCAUCUAUCCGUGUCUCCCUGGCUGCACAUUGUUGCAUUUUUGGUGCAAUCGCUUAGGCACGGAGGUGAAGCCUCAACAGACUGCAGCGGAAACCCUCUGAGUGGAUGUUGGCUACAAUGAAGGUAACUCUGGAUGGAUUUCUUAAUCAGAGUGACCCCUAUGAAUAUGAAGACUACCAAGGAGAAGAGGAAUCUUUUGGCAGUGAGGCAGUGUGGAUUCCACUUCUGUACUCUGUAAUGGUGAUUGUUGGCCUGCUGGGGAAUGGCCUUGUCCUGGCAGUCCUUGUUCAGAAGGCUCGAUCCUGGAGCGUAUCGGACAGCUUCUUUCUCCAACUAGGUGUGGUGGACAUCCUGCUGCUGUUCACCUUACCCUUCUACGCUGCUCAUGCCAAUGAGAACUGUGGACUGUGCUCACCGCCUUUCCUCAGGAUGUGUGGAGCUAUUUUCAAGAUUAAUAUAUACGUUGGGAUCUUUCUGCUGGUUUGGGUCUGUCUGGACCACUACCUGUCCUCCACGGAUACUUUCAAGUGCUUCUGCCACAGAGACAGCUUGGCCUUCAUGGCCUGGCUGCUCAUCUGGGCCGUCUCUAUUGUGCUUACUGUAAUCGACUGGAAUUCUCUCAAGACUGCGGCUGAUUCAAUGCCAGGGAAAGCCCUCUCCGCUCACAACCCCCCCGAAUCUGGAGUGGACUGGCAGCUGGUUUCACGUGCACUCCACCUUGGAGUGGGCUUCUUGCUGCCUGUUCUGGUCCUAAUUGUGUGCUGCUCUCACAUCAUAGUGCGAUGCAGAUCCAAUAGCCAGCAGAAGAAAAGACCCGUUGUGCUCAUCAUGUCUCUGGUAACAGUUUUUCUACUCUGCUGGAUGCCGUACAACAUCACCCUCUUCAUAGACACCAUCUGCUACACAUCUAAGGACAUUCUGAGCAAGUUCUUUUCAGAUCAUAUUAGUUCUUUGAAAGCAGCUGUGAAAAUCACCUCAUCUGUAGGCUGCAUCAGUGCCACCCUCAGGCCCCUGCUCUAUUUUUUCCUUUGUAGAAACUUCCGGAAAGUAUUAUUCAGCCUUCUUAAAUGUGCUAGAGUUGAAUGCGGGAGCUCACUGUGGGAGCUGGGUGUGGUCGAGGAGGCCCCACAUGACCAGUGUCAGUCAGAGGAGGAGAUGAAACAAAUGACGUGCUCACAACAAGUUUAGCCUGUUUGAUCAUGAUGGACAAAAAUACCCAAAUAUGACUCAGACAUCACCUGACGGAUACCCUGCACAGAGAGGGGAAUUUGUUAAUGCAUAAGACUGUUUUGAGAACGUGGAAAAUCAAUAUUUAUAUUCUCAAGAAUAAAAAUAAAAAAGGGAAAAUACCACAUUGUGUAACAGUGUUACAUUAAACGUUUGACGUUAUUGUUGCACAUAAGCUUCUUGUUUUGAAUGAACAAGUAUAUCAGUCUUUUUAUAUCAUAUUUUGUUGUUGUUUAUUAAUUAAUAGAAUAUAUAUUUUUAAUAUGUACCAAGUAUGCAGAAGUGUCAUUUACAUGUUAACCAAUUAUAGUUGCAAUUAAGAGUAUUCAUCCUCCCUUUUGAAAGAUAUUGCAGUGAUGUGGAUGAAGGAAACUGACAAUAAAUGGCAAAAUAUUUUAUGAUACAUAUGAGUUAUUUUGAUUUAACUGCAAAGGGCAAAUGAAAUGUAACUAUUGACACGUGCUUUGUUGGUCAACCUUCAACGUCAGUAUUUUGUCAAGCCUCCUUAAGCUUUUAUUACAUCAUGCUAACCUAUGUUGCAACACUUCUUGACUGCAGUCUUUGCUAGUUUUUCACUUUGAAAAACCUUCUAGCUCAAGGAAGUUUGAUUGCAUCUGGUGAGCAUUCCUCUUUAAAUCUCAAACAUUAUCAGUCAGAUAUAAAUCUUGUGCGUAAGAUCACUCAAGUAUUUUCUCAUAUAUUCUUCUGAGCCACGCUUUGGUUGAAUUGAAGAUGUGCUUCUGGUCAAUGUCUUGCUGGAAAACCAAAUGAUGACAAAGGCUUGAUUUUUUUCAACAGAGAGCAACAAGUUCCUCUUUAAAAUGACCAGGUUGUUUCCAUGAUGCUGGGCACACAUCACAAUUAUGAUUCCUGCUGUGCUGAAAAACAGCCACACAUCAUCAGUCACCUGCCUCAAGUCUUUACCUUUCUUCUAGUCAUAAGUCCAGCCUUCUGCACGCCAGGCUUAUAGCUGGUCCAUGUGUCCAAACAGUUCUGGCUUAGUUUUAUCGGUAGAUUGAGCUCUCUUCCUGAACUCUGUAGUCUUACCCAGAUACCUUCUUGCAUGUGCUAGUCAACUUUUGAUCUUCCUUGUAGUUAAGAGACGAGUGGAUCUUAGGACUGGGCAAUGGCAUCUGUUCUCAUCCAUUAUAAGUCUAGUUGCCACUAAAACCCUUGUACCAGUCUUCACCAGGUAAUCCUGGAGGUGUCUUCUUUGCUGUUGAUAGCCCUUGAUGAAAUUCUGGCCUGGCAACCACAGACAGGCAGAUCCUCAGCUUUUUUUAAAAAUCCUUAUAAUGCUCCUAAUGGUGAUUGUCAAGAGAUCUUACACCCAAGCCCCCUUCAAGUGUGAUUAAAAUAUUCUUGUCAGCUUUUGCUUUGCUCCGCUUUGUCUUUGCCGUGUUUGCAACUCACCUUGAAUGUGCAUCACAGUUGCAGUAAAUAAAGGAUCAUUAAAGAGUUCUCAUAGACAUAACUGUGUUUUAUCUCCAUCUUAGGCCAUAAAAGUGCUCAGCAAGCUUAAAAAACAACAGCAUUGUGUGGGGGUGUAAUACUUCUGGCAGAGUUUACUCACUAAUACACAAGUUAUUGAGGUUUUUGUCGUGAUUUUAUGUAUCAUUUUGCUCUUUGCAGAAAACUUUCAUUGAAAAAAGACUUAGGUGGUUGAAUAUUUCUGAUUACUACCCUAUGUGAAAACUAGCACCAGAAUCUAUAAGCUAUUUUUAUUAUCUGUGUUACUUCCACACCAAGUCUCGCUUUGUUAUACUUAGUCACUGUGGGUUUGAAAAGCUUUAGCUUUUUGUCUCUAUAAAGCCAAAUGGUUACACCCAAUAAACUGUUUCACUUUCCUUUUA